CGAAUAAUGAAAACAGCCUCUGUCUUCUUAAGUGAAAAUUAAAAAUCUCAAAUCCUGUUCUCGAAUAGGUAAAAUAGAAAUCUUUUCAUAUCUGAUUUUAAUUUUGAUACCAGCCCAUCAAAAAAAUCAGGAAAAUCAAUCUCUCCCAGAAAAUAAUGGAUUAAAGUGUCUACAGCUACUGAAAGUCUACAACUCAUUAUGACUCCAAACUUGCUUUAAUUAUAAAAUUAUAAUUCUCUAAAGAAAAUUUUCAAAAGAUGUGUAGUAGUUGUAAGAGCAUGCCUAAGAUUACAAAAAUUAUUACGAAAAGAACAAAAGAAACCAAUUACAAGUUUAAAAACACCAUUUAGUGGAAAAGAAUCAUUACGAGACACAGUUUUGAAUGAAAUAGUGUUCAAAUGGUGCAGAGGAAUAUGCAAAAAAUCGUUAUCUUCUAUAAAAAUGCCUGUCUUUGAUUAUUUAAAAAAUCCUAAUUUCAAUACUAAAACAGAUACAUCUAAGAUGUAGCUGAUUAAUGCAAUUAAAUUUUUAGUUGAAAGUCUUGCUUAUUAUACACAUCCUCAUUAUAUACAUUAUGAUUUAAAAGGUUUCUUAUGUUCUUAAUUGUAUCAAGAUUAUAAAUUAUAUUUUACUCAAUAUGUUUCAGAGAGAACCAAAUACAAAUUAGCCAUAUUAGAUGAAUUGUAAGAAAAAGAAGCAGCUCUAAUUGGAAUGGAAAUAAUAAUAUUUAAUCUAGCUGAAGCAAUAAUCUAAGAUUAAUUAUCUUGCAAUUUCACAAAAUUGAUUUUAAUUAGUGUUCUCUAAUUAUUAUUUACAUCAUAUUUCGAUGAAAUGAAUUGCGGAAUUAGUGAUUAUGAAUGCAUUUAAGGCGAUAUCAAGAUAACUAAUAAAAAACUAUAUCUUACAUUUAAGACUCAACAUUCAGGAUCUUUUAAUUUAAUAGAUGGUGUUUAUGAUAAUGAAUAAAUUUUAAACUUAUUAGAGUUUAAUAAAGCUUAAUAAGGAAAAAUUUAAGAAUAUUUUAGAAUCGCAGUAAAGCAUUUAGAAAAAUAAAUUAUAUGA